AGAACAUCUCGACACCUCCAGCGUACUCGAAGAUACCCAUGGAUAUACAGUACCAAUAUUGGAUCCUUCCGUGAUCCCUCGACCAUGUUAUCCAGACAUCUCAAUCGCACGCGUGGACGUGUUGCUACUCUUAUCUAUAAGAAUGUACAUGGUCAUCGCCCUUUGACUUUUCGCCAUGUUCCUCCUCCAUUCCCGACCACCCCAAAAUGCCCCUCGCCGAGCUGUCCUUGCGCAGAAACGCCCAACCUGCCCGACCUACCAAUUGACCAUAAGGCAAACUUGAAUGGCACCAUGGCACCAUAUGAUGAGCACGUGCUGAUAUGUACCGGAAAAGAUGACUGGAUGUCGAGGGUGGAGGAGGAAAACUCGGGCGACAAUUUGGCAGCGGACCUGAAGGAAUUGCUCGGCAGAGGCGGCAUAUACGCCGAUGUAUGUUGGUUUCAUGGUUUCAUGGUUUCAUGGUUUCAAAGUUUCCGUAAGUUGGAGAUUACAAUGAGGGCUAAUUUCUGCUCCUUCGAUGCAGCCUUACCAUAAUGUCUCCAUCACCAAUUCGUCAUUUCCCCCAUCCAGACCGGGUAGACCAGAAAUCAUCAACGCAUCCGCAUAUCUCCUCCCAUCUUUCAAAUACAUACCCUUUCUCCCUCGAAUAUCCUUCGAUACGGUUCAGGCACUUACCAAGGCUUACUUAUUACCUACGAAACUGCACCCAGCACACGACAACCUGAGCCCAAUCCAUAGAGAUAGAUUAUUGAGAAAUAGCGAAUACGCGAGUAACCUGUACGGUGUCCGUGAUGUCAAGGAUGUUCUCGUACUCAUCUGUGGUCAUGGCGGGAGAGAUGCAAGAUGUGGUGCGUUUGGGCCAAUUUUGAGGGAUGAGUUUGCAAGUCACUUGAAGAAGCAAAAUCUAGAGAUUGAGACCGAGGCAAUAUCUGUUCCCGGGCCUUCUGAGGAUGGGCAAGAAUUGACAACCGAAAGCGAGUCUAUAGCACCUGGGGAAACAGCCAGAGUUGGACUCAUCAGUCACAUUGGAGGACACAAGUUUGCUGGCAAUGUUAUCAUUUACAUUCCACCGGGAAAGAACAUCAGAGAUGAGGACACACCACACCCUCUUGCCGGCUGUGGGAUCUGGUAUGGUCGUGUCGAGCCCAAACACGUGGAAGGAAUUGUGGAAGAGACAUUCGUGAAGGGAAACGUCAUUGAGGAGUUUUUUCGAGGCGGCAUUCGACAAAGCGGCGAGAUAUUGAGAAUUUGAACAAACAGCGGAUACAGCCGUAAGAGAUGAUGGUAGAAAGCAAAGGACAACGAGUGAAAGACGGCCAACGGCGAGAAUACAGAUGGAAUGAUUCCAGCCGGCAGUUCAUCGAGCUCCAGCUACCCACACGGUCCAACCGCUCGGCACAACAACACUGCCCAUCAGCACCAUCAGCAGCAUCAGCAGGGUCAGCUUCCAAGGCAAGACCCCAAACACUUGAGCAUCAGGUGCAUCUAGAAGCGGGAGUGGGUUGGGAGGUCUAGAUGAUGCUGUGUGUUUCUCAAUUCACCCAGAAAGGGAAAGGGCGAAACUGGGCCAAUGGAAGCCACAUGGCAGUCUCAUGCUAGUUACUGGUAGCAGGAAUGGGGAAUCAAUCUCGAUGUCAGCCGGAGUUCCGAUGCGAUGCCAGAUUCACCCGCAGGGCUGAUAGUGAUGCAGGAAGUAGUUAGUACCGUACACGCACAUGUUACCUAUACAGCUAAGUCACAGUACACUCGGUACUCAGUAAUGGUAGCUGGAGUACGGAGUGCUGUCCUCGUAUGAUGUUAUGCAUCACGAGAAUUGGUUUCUACUGCAGGUGUGCACGGGCAAUUUCCGGUUUCCAGCUGUGCAGACGGGGACGUCGACGUCACGUCUUUCCUUCCGGAGCAUUUGCUCCAUGAGAUCGUAGGGGAGCUGGCUACUGGCCUCUGCAAACCUUAGGCUCUGGCAGUCCGUAGCGUAGCAUACAUACCUAGGUAGCUGUAGCAUACAUAGCUCCUGACCUGAAGCUUGAAUCAUAGCUCCUGACCUGAAGCUUGAAUGUUGACUUGAGAACUACAGUCUGGCCUGGCCAGUACUCUUACUUCAUCCCUGACGAUGUUGGUGUAUGCGUACAUAAGGUUCC